CAUUAUACACUUUAACCCACAACCAAACAGCACCUCUCCUCUCUUGGUAGAAGGUUCGAUCCUGAUUCCCUGAAACAAAAAAAUCUCCCCACAGUAAACGACGCCGUUGUGAGCAAAGAGAGAAGAGAGAAAUAUGGACAAGGGCAAAGCUGUAAUGGGCUCCGGCCGGCGGUGGGCCGUUGAUUUCGCCGACAAUUCGACGUCGCAUUCGUCGCGCGAUAUUCCCGAUCCACCGGGAUUCACUCGCGCUUCACAAGAACAGGAUGAUUCGGCUGUGAGUAAACAGAAGAAGGACGCUGAAGCUAAUUGGAAAUCCCAGAAAGCAUGGGAAGUUGCACAAGCUCCGUUUAAGAACUUGUUCAUGAUGGCGUUUAUGAUGUGGAUGGCUGGUAGUACAGUUCAUCUGUUUAGCAUCGGUAUAACUUUUUCGGCUCUUUUGCAGCCCGUUAAUGCACUUCGAACCGUUGGGAAAGUUUUUGAGCCAUACAAGGACAAUAAAGUGGAUUUGCUAGGGCCGAAAUUAGUGUUUAUCGCACUUAAUUUGGUAGGCUUAGGAUUCGGCGUUUGGAAGCUCAAUACGCUAGGCCUUCUUCCAACUCAUGUAUCGGAUUGGGUUUCAUCGUUGCCUCCACCUCAGGAGGUCGAGUAUUCUGGUGGUGGUAUUCCGUUCAAUUAGCACUUUUUCUCCAGCGAGAAUGGGAAUUUCUGAAGAAACAGUAUUUAUUCUUCACAUUCGAUAAAAAAAUCUCCCUUCAUAUUUCGAAAUUUCGUUUUUUUUGUUUAUAAGGCCAACGACACUUAGCAUUAUGUUUUUGGUUUAAUUUUUUUUGUAAUUCUAUAUGUGAAGAUGCUUAUUAAUGAGGAAAAAUCUUUAGCUCACUGUUUUAUUAUGCAAUAGAUUGUUAGUAGCUGA